AUCGGUGUAAUGCACAUUGAAUAUUUAUUUGUACAAAACAAUGAUAAUACAUACAGCAUUUACUAUCGAUUAAAUCAUGAAUACUAUUCCACUAAAUUAUCCAUUACCAUUGCAUAAAUCAACAUUAUUUCAUUAGUUAAAACAAUUUUCCCAUCUUAACUUGGUAUGACUUGGAAGAUUAUUAGGUCCUUGAACAAUAAAAUUUUGGACCGAAAAUGUAUUCCUUUCUUAAUAAGUGGGAAGGGGGUAAAAGUUACUAAUAAAAUGAAUCUAGCGGGGUCCAAUAAAUUGAUUUCUAAUUGCCAUGGGCCAAGCCCACAGCAUGCCAUGCCAACACCCUAUUCUAUUUUUGUCGAUUGAUGAGAUGUAAAAAGACUAAUUAAUCCUUCCUUGCUCUAACAAGCUCGGUACUGCUAUUUGUCUAUGGUAGCUAAUUCGAUCAGAUGACAAAUUAAUGUAUAAGCAAGUAGCUUCCCAACAAGUCGUUGUAGUAUAGUGGUAAGUAUUCCCGCUUGUCACGAGGGUGACCCGGGUUCGAUCCCCGGCAACGGCGCUACUUUUUUGGUUUUUUGUUGUUUUUACUUCGUCUGUCUAUCUUCGUAGUCGUCGUCAAUCUUGUACCUCCACAGCUUCCUGCUCAGACCGACUUCAGACGCGGAAUUCCGCGGUCCCCUUCCCUCUACCAUUCUACCUUCCUAAACCCUAAAAGUCAUAUAAUACUACAACAUGAAAGUCACCGGCGCUUCAAUCGUCUCCACAUUCCGCUUCCCUUACAGUAACACUUUCCAUCGGCUCUUCCCUUCCCAAUUCCUCCCCUCAUCUUCUUCCCUCUCGUUUUCACUCUGUUAUAAAAGAGCCAUGCCUCAGUCUCAGGCCCGUUGCUCUGCCACUUAUUCUUCUCCGGCUUCCGACGCCGCUCUACCGUCGAAUGCCACGUUGGUUAGGCCUAAACAACACCCAUGGCUUAUUGUUGGCCUGGGGAAUCCUGGGAAGAUGUAUCAGGGUACUCGCCAUAACGUGGGUUUUGAGAUGGUUGAUGCAAUAGCUGGAGUGGAGGGGAUAUCAGUGAGUACUAUCUCCAACAAAGCCCUUUUUGGAAGAGGUUUUAUUGGCAAUAUCCCUGUAAUGCUGGCAAAGCCACAAACUUUCAUGAAUGCAAGUGGUGAGUCUGUUGCGCCCAUUGUAUCGUAUUACAAGGUGCCACUGAAUCAAGUUUUGUUGAUAUAUGAUGACUUGGAUUUGCCUUUUGCCAAGUUGAGAUUGUUACCAAAAGGUGGCCAUGGUGGACACAAUGGGAUGAGAAGUGUCAUUGAUCGCCUCAAAGGUAGUCGAGAUUUUCCUAGGUUAAGAAUCGGUAUCGGGCGGCCUCCUGGGAAAAUGGAUGCUGUUAACUUUGUUGUGCGCCCAUUCAACAGACAAGAACGUGAAGAGUUAGAUAUGACAUUUCAACAAGGCAUUGAAGCUGUGCGAAUUCUGUUGCUCGAGGGGUUUAACAAGAGUGCAACAUUUGUCAACAGUUCCAAAUCCAUGGAGCAACUUGAUUAAAUGGCAAAGAAAAAGGAGGAAGAAGCUAGAUUUUGGACGAGGAGAUUAAUCUUUGUCGACCUGAUCUAUUAGAAGCUCGGUAGUCAUUCCCACCUUUUCUGAACAGAAAUUGUUGAUUAUCCACCAUUGAGAUUUCAGUCAAAUACAAGAAGAUAUACUAGGAAGGUAAUCAUUUAAUGUCUGGAUUGCCUAGUGUUGCAUUCACAUCUGAUUGGAUAUGUUUUUGUGGUUAGGUACUACUUAUUCAUACAAAUGGAUAAGUAUUCGAAUAUGGAACCUGUUUGUGGUUAGGUACUACUUAUUCAUACAAAUUAAAUUCUUAUCAAAGUGAGAAGGUAGUCGCUGCUAGUUCUACUCGAAUAAAGCCGCAAAAAUGUG